CCAAAAAAAAAAAAAAAAAAAAAAGAGGAGCUUUCUUUGACUCUCUCUCAAUAUUCAUUCACACUUUGAAACUGAUCCUUUCGCAUUGUGCACUUUCUCUAGCCCUUCAUUUCUUCUUCCCCACACUCCCCAAAACCCCAUUAUUAAGGAGUCCGGAAUUGGACUUCACAUCUUACAAUUCAUAUUGGUCUUCCUUGAAAAUCUUUUGUAACCUAAAUUCCCCAUGAUUCCUUGCUGGGUUUUGCUUCUAUAAUAUUUUGGGAUAUUCUCUCCCGUGCCUUGUGUACUGUUAACAAAAAUACCCUCUUGCUCUCUUUGCAGGCUCUGAUCCAUGGGAAAUUGCUGUGCAAACCCCAGUUCUCCUUCUCAGAAGCAACACGGGAAGCGGAAGAAAAAACCCAAUCCCUUCUCUGCUGAUUACGCCGUGUCCAAUGGAACUGGAGGCGGGAACAAGUUUUGGGUCUUGAAAAAUCCGACGGGCCGUGACAUCACGGAACAAUAUGACCUCGGUCGUGAGCUCGGCCGAGGUGAAUUCGGGGUCACAUACUUGUGUACCGAUGUGUCUUCAGGCGAGAAGUUCGCCUGCAAAUCGAUAUCGAAGAAGAAGCUUAGGACUUUGGUGGAUAUUGAGGACGUGAGGAGGGAGGUGGAGAUUAUGAAGCAUUUGCCUAAGCAUCCGAAUAUCGUAACCUUGAAGGAUACUUUUGAGGAUGACCAGGCAGUUCACAUUGUCAUGGAAUUGUGCGAGGGAGGUGAGCUGUUUGAUCGGAUUGUGGCGAGGGGGCAUUACUCGGAACGAGCUGCAGCGGGUGUUAUGAAAACCAUUGUUGAAGUUGUUCAGAUGUGUCAUACGCAAGGAGUGAUGCAUCGUGAUCUCAAACCAGAGAACUUUCUUUUUUCUAACAAGAAGGAGACAUCCCCCUUGAAGGCAAUUGAUUUUGGGUUGUCGGUAUUCUUCAGACCUGGUGAGCAAUUCAAUGAGAUUGUGGGCAGUCCCUAUUACAUGGCUCCUGAGGUUCUAAAGCGCAAUUAUGGCCCAGAGGUUGAUGUCUGGAGUGCCGGGGUUAUUUUGUAUAUUUUACUUUGUGGUGUUCCGCCUUUCUGGGCAGAAACUGAGCAAGGGGUAGCCCAGGCUAUUAUUCGUUCUGUUAUUGAUUUUAAGAGGGACCCCUGGCCCAAAGUCUCAGAUACUGCAAAGGACCUUGUGAAGAAAAUGCUUGAUCCUGAUCCUAAGCGGCGGCUUACAGCUCAGGAAGUGCUUGAUCAUCCUUGGCUGCAAAAUGCCAAGAAGGCUUCAAAUGUUCCCCUGGGCGAGACUGUGAAAGCCAGGCUCAAGCAAUUUUCAGUGAUGAACAAGCUCAAAAAGAGAGCUCUAAGGGUGGUGGCUGAACAUUUGUCAGUUGAGGAAGUGGCUGGCUUAAAGGAAGCCUUUGAUAUGAUGGAUGCUGGCAAUAGAGGCAAGAUAAACCUUGAGGAGCUUCGAUUAGGGUUGCAAAAGCUUGGCCAACAGAUUGCUGAUGUAGAUCUUCAAAUACUAAUGGAAGCUGCUGAUCUUGACGGGGAUGGAACUCUCAAUUAUGGAGAGUUUGUCGCAGUUUCAGUUCACCUUAAAAAGAUGGGCAAUGACGAGCAUCUGCACAAAGCUUUUGCAUUCUUUGAUAGAAACCAGAGUGGUUACAUAGAAAUUGAAGAGCUGCGGGAUGCUUUGAGUGAUGAACUGGAAGCUAACAGUGAGGAAGUUAUCACUGCCAUUAUGCAUGAUGUGGACACAGACAAGGAUGGGCGCAUAAGUUAUGAGGAGUUUUCUGCAAUGAUGAAAGCUGGUACAGAUUGGAGAAAAGCAUCCAGGCAAUAUUCACGAGAAAGAUUCAACAGUCUCAGCUUGAGGUUGAUGAGGGAUGGGUCCUUACAGCCUACAGGUAGCCAAUGAGGGUAGAUGAACCAACGAUUAUUAGAAAUUACUAGAAAUAAAUAGUGAUGUUUGGGAAAUGAACAUAUUCUUUAUUUUUGUUGGAGUUUAUGCAAUCCUUGGUUUUUCAUUUUAUUUUUUUCAUUUUAUUUCCUCCAGACCUUCAAAUAGGUUGAUCGGCUUUAGGGGACCCUUAAUGUUUUUUCCUUUUUGGGUGUAACCUUUUUCUUUUCUAAGCCUCGAUGUCUUCUGAAAUAGCCAUCUUUAGGAUUUGUUUGUUUUGAGGUAGUUGCAGGAGAAAGAAGAAUUUAAUGUUAUCGUCGGGGAGAGUUUCAUGCAAGUGUUGUUAAUGUUAUGGUGAAACAUGUACGUGGUUGUAAAUAUGUCGACUCAGGCCCCUUUCUUUAUAGACAUGUUGUUUAAUAGCAGAAGCUGUCACAUGCAAUUAUUCAUUUUUUUCC